AUGGCUCCGUCCUCGUCCGUCUCCGCGCGGCCGCGCCGCAUUGCGCCCCGACGCAUCGCGCUGGUGCUGGCAGUAUGCGCGUCCGACCUGCUGCUCACGGGGCUCGUCUUCGGCUGGGCGCCGCUGCUGCUGCUACUGCAGGAGGAAGGCCAGUACCACGAGCUCUGCGCGGACGCCAGUGAGCCCACGUGCGUGGCCCAAGAGAACCGCCUCAACCUCGUUUUCGCCGUGGCCUCCGUGGCCAUGAACGCCGGCGCGCUGCCCGUCGGCAUGUUCCUCGACCGCGCGGGGCCGCGCGUGACCAUCGCGGUGGCCGCCGUCAUCGAAGUCUCGGGCCUCGCAAUGCUGGCGCUCGCGGACUCGCAGACCUUCGACGUGUUCGUGCCGGCCUACGUGCUCAUCGCCUUCGGAGGCUGCAUCACCAUGAUGGCGUCGUACCCGGCCAGCUUCCUCAUCAUGCGCUACCAGACCGCGAUCCUCGCGGCCAUCAGCUGCCUCUUCGACGGCAGCAGCGUCAUGUUCCUCGUGUUGUACGCCGCCCACGAGCGCUUCGGAUGGUCCAGACAGGAGCUGUUCCUGGGACUGGCGGUGGUCUCGACAGGCGUCUACUUGCUGCUCAUCUUCCUGUGGGGACUCAACGAGAAGAGUCUGCGUCCCAAGCGCACUCCUGAUGCCAGCGGCAAUGAUGCGAUUCUGUCCACGCCGCAGCAGCGAGAGCGAUUGCUGGUCAACGGUCAAGCCAAUGAAAGCGCGUACGGCACCUUCCAGCUCGUGGACGUCGCCCUCACCACGCAGAUGAAGUCGUUCGAGUUUGCGUACAUCGUGGUGUACGCGGCGGCGCAGGUGCUACGCGCGACGAUCUACAUCGGCACGGCGAACAAGCUGCUGGACAACUACGGCGACCGCGAGCAUGGCUACCUGUACACCAAGGUGUUCAGCUUCGUGCUGCCGAUGGGCUUCCUGUUCGUACCGUCUAUCGAUUAUCUGGUGGAGACUCGCGGACUGUCGAAGGCGCUGCUGUUCACCAACAUCCUGGGCGUGCUCUACAACGUGGUGGAGCUGGUGCCGAUCCUGCCGCUGCAGUGCGUGGCCUUCUUCCUGUUUACAGCGUUCCGCGCGUUCCUGUAUGCAAUUAUCUCAGCCUUCACCGCGAAGACGUUUGGGCUCAAGAACAUGGGCUCACUCAUGGGCAUCGUCUUCUCGAUCGGCUCGGUCAUCAGUCUGGCCGAGUACCCGGCGAUGUACAUCUCGAACGUGCUGUUCGCCGGCGACCUGACGGUGCUCAACGUGGCGUCACUGCUGUCCUGCGUGCUGAUGAUCCCGCUGACGAUGUACCUGCGCAAGUACGAGCACGACCGCGAGGAGAAGCGCCGCGCCGAGAUCGCGCUCGAGAGCGGCGUCGCCCACGACCACGACGACCGUGAGAUGUACUCGUCGCUCAUGGACACGCCGACGUUCGGCGUCACCUACCUUCGGUCGCCUGGCAAUGCGCCUCACAACGAUCCCUUCUCGCCUGAAUAG